GAGUGUUCCUUGUCUCAAUUUUAUUAUUAUUUACAGGACAGUGUCAUCGUAUUAUGGUGCAAAUGUGAUUUUAUAUAAGUGUAAUGAACUAAACAUAUUUAUUAUUAUACAGUUAGUAUAACAUGCAGUUAUCCAUUGGAAAAUGGAACGUUAGACUGGACGUUGUAAGACACCGUGCUUCCUUAGUUAGUGAGUUAAAUUAGUGAAAAAAGUCUGAUUGGUUAAAAGUUAGUUUUAUCUGUAUCGGAGUAUGCUGAUCAACACGUUCCUCGAUACUGAGGAUUUUGUACAUCUGUACUAUCCGGAAGAUGAGACCCCAGGCCCGCAGGGCUGUGGUGCCGGAGCACGCCUCGCUUCGAAGUAUCCGCGACCGCCCACGCCUGAAUAUAAACAGGUGGCAGCGACGUCUAGUGACAUGAGCGAACGAGAAAGGUACCGCGCGCCGCCGCAGCCGGAGCCACCGCCGGUGCGGGUCCGCGCCGCAGACCUAUACCCGCGCGUGCGCACACACUACGACGAGCCCGACCUCGACGCCGGAUUCACCCCGAUAUGUGGCGAGUUCGUGCAGUGGGUGGGCCGCACGCAGGACGAUGGUACGAUAGCGAUGUCGAACUACCGGCUUCACUUGCAACCGCGAAGACGUACCGGACCCGGAGCUUCUAUACCAUUGCGUCUUAUAGACGCAUUGGAGAUCCGCGAUGUAAUUCACCUGGCUAUAAUCUGUAAACACGGCCGACAACUCCUAUGCUCGUUCGACACCAAUGAACAGGCGGUUGAGUGGUGUAGAAGACUGAACGCGGCUUUAGUUCCCAUCGGAUCUCUACAGGAGACAUUCGCGGCGGCGUACGCCGCUUGGGCAAGGGAAUUACCUCUAACGUCCGUCCAUAGAGCACUUUUGAGGGCGUCGCAAGCCCCUCAACAACAUUGGUUCAAACCUGAGCUAGAACGACUCGGUUUCUUGAAUAGUGGCGCGUGGCGGGUGACGAUUCUGAAUGCUGAAUAUAAGCUCUGUCCAUCCUAUCCGCCACUGCUCAUCGUCCCCGCAAACGUCAGUGACGAGAUACUGCAAGCCGUAGCCCGGUUCCGUGCGAUGCGGCGCUUCCCGGCGGUGGUGUGGCGCCACCGCGGCACGGGCGCGGUCAUCGCGCGCUCGGCCCAGCCCGAGGUGGGCUGGCUCGGCUGGCGCUCCGACGAGGACGAGCUCAUGCUCGCCUCCUUUGUCACCGCGCUCGAGCGGGACCGGCCGCCGCCGCCCGCCCGGCCGAUGCUCAUCGUGGACGCGCGCUCGUACACGUCGGCCGUGACCAACCGCGCGCGCGGCGGCGGCUACGAGUGCGAGCAGUACUACGAGAAGUCGAACAUCGACUUCAUGAACCUCGCCAACAUCCACCACGUGCGCCGCAGCUUCCAGCAGAUGCGCGCGCUGUGCGCCUCGGGCGAGGAGCAGGCGGCGAGUUAUUACAGUAACCUUGAGCGGUCGCUGUGGCUGCAGCACGUAUGUAACCUGGUCCGAGCGGCGUGCGUGGUGGCGCGCGCGCUGGAGAACGGCAGGCCCGUGCUCGUGCACUGCUCGGACGGCUGGGACCGCACGCCGCAGAUCGUGGCGGCCGCGCAGCUCAUCCUCGACCCCUACUACCGCACCGUGCAGGGAUUCCGCGUGCUCAUCGAGCGCGAGUGGCUGGACUUCGGGCACAAGUUUGCAGACCGCUGCGGACACCGGUUCGGCUCCGAGGACCCCAACGAGCGCUCGCCUAUAUUUUUGCAGUGGCUACACGUGGUUUACCAAAUGAUGGUCCAGUACCCCUGCAGCUUCGAAUUCAAUGAAGCCUACCUCAUAAAGCUGGCGACGCACGUGCACUCGUGCAUGUUCGGCACGUUCCUGUGCAACACGAGCCGCGAGCGCGCCGAGUGCCGCGCGACCGACGUGGCGCACGUGUGGCAGCUGCUGUGCGCGCCCGCCUACCGCAACCACCUCUACACGCCGCCGCGCCACGCGCACGACCAGGUGAUCUGGCCGGACGGCAGCUUGAAAGCCAUGCACAUAUGGUGGGGCCUGUUGCGCGGCGAGCGCGAGCGGGACCCGGCGAACAUGGCGCCUUCGCCACCGCCCGUCAUCGGCUCUACUAUGGGGUCGCCCAACGUGUCCCUCAACGGAUCCCCCAAUGUUUCAAUAACGAGAACUAGAUCAUGUGAUAACUUGCUCAACGAAGAUAGAAGAACGACGCAAAGGAGAAGUAGUGACCCCACCUUAGUAGCGGACGCCAUCAACUUACUGUCGGCGGCGGACAGCUCGACGCCGGAGCGCUCGGAGGACGAGGCCGCGCCGCUCACGGACAGCGGCGUGGAGCGCCUGCUGCGCGCCCACUCCGACCAGGUGGACCGUCAGUCGGAACCGCUCGCGAGCAGGCUGCGGGACAUCGCGAGCAACUCGUCGUCGCUGGAGCGCGAGCUGGCCGCGCCCGCCGCGCCCGCUGCGCCGUCCGACACGCCCAACACGCCCGACGAGCCGCCGGUGUUCGUCGGCGACCCCUUCGCCGACGUCAUCGCCAUGACAGAAUUGGCAAGAGAAUCGGCACGCACGAGAAAUAUAAGCAUAACCUGGCGGUCGAUAUCCGAGUCGAGCAAUCAGUCGCUGACCGGGCUCGACGUCGAGGCGCCGUCUCAUAGAAGCGGCGACCCCGCGCCCGACCGCCGCCUCACGCCCGUCGACAACCGCUACCGCGCCGACGGCGACGAACUCAACCACAACCUGCCUCCGGUCCUCACCGAGCGCGGCGAGAACGACAACGGUGACGUCGACGGCGACGUCAACGUCAACAGCCACGACAACGAUGAUGUCGACGGUCAAGAAAACAGCUUCGUCAGUGGCCACGAAAACGGUGUCAUCAGUGGGCGCAACGGCGAUGUCAAUGGUCACGGCAACGGCAGUCUCAAUGGCCACGGAAAUGGCAACGUUAAUAACCAAGAUAAUAGCGACAUCAACGCCGACGACGAAAGCGACAGCAACGGCGACGGUGAUGCAGACGUUACCGAUUUAGGAGACAGCGUGGCGAGAUUAAUAGAAAUCGAUUUGAAUGACCUCUCGAGCCACGACAGCUCGCGACCGGAUCACCCCGGGACCGUCUCCAGUAUAAUAAAUAAACAAAACGAUGUGUCAGCCGGCAGCUCGGACAGCGACGCCUCGGUCGUGGCCAGUCAGCUGACGCUGUGCCCCGCCUCGCCGCGCUCCGGCCCCGCCUGCGCGCUCUGCAGAGCCGCGCCCCCGGCGCGCGGCGGGCGUGGCGCGGCGUGUGGCUGCGGAGCGCGGCGAGGACGCGCGCGCUGCGUGUGCGGCGCCGGCGCGCGCGCGCCCGCCUCGCCCGACGGCCUGCCGCCCGCCGCCGACCCGCUGCAGGCGCGCCUGCACCAGAUCAUACUGAGCCAGAAGAAAGUCGUCGAGGAGUUGAGCGUCCAACUUCGUGAAGCGCGGGAGGCGUUGCGACGGGCGUCACCGUCGCUACCGCCCGCGUACCAGACCCCGACGCCGGCGGGCGACGGAAGCGCUCGCGGCGGCGGGCCGAGCCGAAGCGGAAGCGCCGCCAGCAGCAGCAGCGGCAGCGCGUCCGACGUGGAGGUGGGCGAGGAGGCGCGCGGCGUGCUGUGGCUGCCCGACAGCGCAGCUCCGCGCUGCCAGCACUGCUGCCGCGACUUCUGGCUCGCACGGCGGCGGCACCACUGCCGGCGCUGCGGCGGCAUCUUCUGCAGCUCGUGCUCGGAGAUGAGCCCGCGCGGCGACGCGAGCGCCGUGCGCGUGUGCGCGCGCUGCCUGCGGUGA